AUGGGCGCCGAGAACUCGAAACCCUCGUCAGAGGUCAAGCAGCAUGUCUUCUCCUCAGAUCACCCCUACAGCUUCUCCAAUGAACUCGUCGGAUCGCUGCAGAAGAACACUUUCACAGACUCGGCGCGAUCAAGACAGCAGGAACUCCAGUAUCAGGAACGCCUAACCGCCGAGCUCGAGAAGCUGCGCGAGCAAGAAACCCAGAACUUCUCCAAGUUCAGCGAAACCCUCUCCACCGAGACCCCACAGUCCGAUGAACCCUCCCUAGUCGAGAAGAUCCAGGAUGCGACAUCCAGCAGCUCCACCCUCGCCGAGAAGCAAAGACAAAAGGACAUGAGCAGGGACAGUGUCACCAAGGAGAUCGAGCAGCUCAAGGCGAAGCUCGAGCAGAGGAAGAAGUUGGAGCAGGCCGAUGCCGAUGUCACCAAGGCCAAGGAGGCUGUCGUCUCAUGUCUGCGGACACACGACCGCCGGCCGCUGGAUUGCUGGAAAGAAGUCGAGACCUUCAAGCAGGAGGUCGGACGCCUGGAGAAGGAGUUUGUACAAAAGACCAUCCGAUGA